GACCCCAAGAAGAAGAAGAAGUGGACGCUGGGGAGGGUUUCUGGCUGGGUACGGUGAGUGGUGUUAUUGAAGAAAUUACCCACUUUACAUUUAAAUACCAGCUUUAACAUUUGUCCUUGCAACAUCCAUUUUUGAGCAACCCAGCAGGUGAAAUAUGGAUCAGAAAAUUCCCUAUGAUGACUAUCAGCUGCCUGUGGUUUUUCUGCCCUCCUACGAAAAUCCCCCCGCGUGGGUUCCUCCACAGGAUAGGAUAAACCACCCUGAUUAUAAUAAUGAACUCACUCAGUUUCUGCCACGCACUAUCGUCCUACAAAAACCUCCCGGAGCUCAACUUGGCUUCAAUAUCCGGGGUGGAAAGGCUUCCCAGCUUGGGAUAUUUAUUUCCAAGGUGGUGCCAGAUUCUGAUGCCCACCGAGCAGGACUUCAGGAAGGAGAUCAGGUGCUCUCAGUUAACGAGGUGGACUUUCAGGACAUAGAGCACUCAAAAGCUGUGGAAAUUCUGAAGACCGCCAGGGAGAUUUUGAUGAGGGUGCGCUACUUCCCAUACAAUUACCAAAGACAGAAGGAGAGGACAGUCCACUAGGUGGCAGUCGUCCGCCGAAGAGUGAAUGAAUGAGGCAGUAAGGCGCUGAGGUCCCGUUCUAGCGUGUAACGCUCUCUCUUCGUCCCGACUGCUCUCUUUGACCACUGCUGUAUUCAUAUGUUGUCAGACAUGGAAAUGAUCGGUGCCCCUGCAAAACACCUGUCUAACGUUUAGGAGUGUAGUCAUAAGACUGCACAUCUCUCAGUACAAACAUAAUGCCAUUAUUCCAUUUGUGUUGUAGCCUCAGGCAGGUAACACAUUGACUUGAGGCCUUUUAAAAAGGUUUUAAAAGCUAAAACAAAAGAAACUUGCGCUGUUGACUAGAAGAGAAUGCUGUUAAGGGAGAGAUGGUAUCGCCUUCAGGCAGGUGUCCAUGUUUAGUACCUUUUUAAGGGACUGUAGUAUGAAUAUUAUCAUACUAUUGUAUGACCUAUAGUAUUGAUUUGUAAUGUAAACCUGAUUGAUUAUUUAUUAACUAAUAUAACGGCAGAAUUGUUUAACGUAAUUGGAGUUUGGAGAUGAAGAAGGACUACCGAUCGUCCUUAGAUUAGCAUGAUGGGUGCUGGUAGGGAUCACAAUCUUUAUUCUCACCACCACUGUCUUGAUGUGUCUUUUGAUGAUGAAAACAAGAACAAAGUAUUUUGUUUUACCUUCAUAGUUUUUGCAACUGGAUGCCCUAACUGAUGUAUUUGCUGCUGAAAGUUAUACCGAUCAUUAACUUGAUAGAAAUAGAAAAAUACUCCUACUUAGUAGGAAUUCUGAAAAUGAGAACAACCGUGGUAACAUCUGUGAUUUUGUGGUUUCUCCACAGUUAGGGAAGCCUUCGGAGAAUAUUGGUUUGAGGAACUAACUUAAUACUCUCUGGUGAAAGAGAACAGUUGAUGUUUUUUUUUUACUUGUGGUGACUCUUGAAUAGCACCUUUUAAUAAAUAAAAAUGAUACA